AUUUCUUUCUAUCUAUCCUCCCUCUCUCUUCGAUCUAUUGUCUUAUCUACCCGGAGGUUAUUAUGCUUACUUAAGUAUUGGUGUAUCAACACUAACAAAACGACAAUGGGCUUACACUACUACACCACUGUGAGACUAGGAUUCAUCUUGGUGCUGCUCAUAUCAGUUAUGGUUAGCUAUGCAAUGGCAGAUUCAGCCAAAGAUAGAGAGGAGUGUCAACCGCAGUUGGUAGAGAUGGCCACCUGUCUGCCUUACGUUGAUGGUGAAGCAAAAGCUCCUACACCAGACUGCUGCACUAGUCUCAAAGAUGUCCUAAAGAACAACAAGAAGUGCUUGUGUGUUAUCGUCAGAGAUCGUAAUGAUCCAAACUUGGGACUGCAGAUUAAUGUAACACUUGCUUUGGGCUUGCCUUCUGUCUGCCAUGCCCCCGCUAAUGUCUCCCAGUGUCCCGCUCUUCUACACAUGGAUCCUAAGUCACCAGAAGCUCAAGUUUUCUAUCAAUUGGGAGGGAGUUCUAAUCAAAGUGUUGUUGGUCCUGCUCCUAGUCCUAGUGUUGGAGGGAGUCCCACGAGUGGCAGAAGUGAGGGGCCUAGUGGCCAAGGCACCAGUGAUGGUUGUUGCAGUGGAAAUAGGUGGUUUGGAAUGGAGAUUGCUGCUGGAGGUGUCUUAAUUUGGUGUUUCAUCAGUUCACACUUGUUCAUAUAGGCACUUGGUUGUGUCAAUUUUCAAUAACUUGGGCCUUCACUGCUGUUAUGUAAUUCUCAACCCCAUUUUAUCUGCAUUUAGUUUAUUGACACUCUCUGCCUCUCCCUU